CCAANGAUUUAUGUCAUUGCAUUGAAGCUCAAAGCCAUCCCAAUUUUCACCUCGGCCAACAUGAAGGUCAGAGACCUGAAAGUCAAAGACAAGGAUUGGUCUCGCCAUCCUGCCCACGAAAGUUUGCAAAUCACGCCGUGGAUUUCUGACCACGAAUGGAUGAGUGUGGCCGAAUCCCUGCUAUCCCUCAAAUCCGCCCAUUGGUCUUGGGCCCUGCGCGUGAUUCAACGAUGGUCCAAGGCCGUGGAACGUUUACCCAUGGGGGUGGAAAUGACACUCUACGUGGUGCCCAUCUUACUGGAACUCGAUCAAAGUCCCAAGUCCGAGGCCGCUCAAUCUGUGUUGACCUUGUCCAUGGGUGGAGCCCUGAAUCGAGUUCUCAAUGUUCUAUCUCAGUGGGCCGACCGACGUCUCGGUCUGACGCACUAUCACGAUAUGGCUCGCGUUUUGGGCUUGCCCGUCUGGAUCGUGGACCUUCGUCAUGAGACGACCCAUGGACAGAUGCCCAAUCCCAGCCAAUUGCUCCAAGGUCUUCAGUGCACCAUGAAGUGGACCCUACGCAACUAUUGGCGACCCGAGUACGAUCAUCUGUCUCAGGUUAUCGAGAAGAAGGAUGAUAUUCGACACUCGCGUGAAUAUCAAAAGCUGCACAAGCUUUUGGAUUGCUAUGGAUACUUGCGGCUCUACGUUCUAUGGGGAACCACUAAUUUGGGUCAACUUCGAGAUCAGACCGAAUUGUACGAGCACGUCACCGAGUUGUGGGAACACUUUCAGUUCCACAAGUUAGGCCCUAAGCGGCAACGGGCGGCUCUAAGUAUUGAUGAGAUCGGCGUAAAGGACGCCGUGAUGAGAAUCGAGGAUGAAUUGGUCGAAGUGCUUUCAUCGGCCGACGAGUUCAAUCGAGAUUUUGUGGCUGAUGCCUUGGUCACUAGUCUCAUAGAGGAUGAGCUUCUUUUCCCUUCUAAUGAAAUGAUGGAAACGUUGAAAGAACAUGAGGACGAGGAUGAAUUGCGUGUCCUACCCAAGAACUUGGAAAUGCAAUGGUGGGAUGUUUUAAAGCUUCUGACCCAAUAUGAUCAUAUCACUUUGUUGGUGGAACGCUUGCUGGUACAUGGCUGCUCAAAAGACAUUUCGCCUAAACAUGCAAUAUUGGCUCAAGCUUGGAUUCGAUUGAUAUGCUCAGAAAGUUCUACCGACGCUCCAUCUGCCAAGAAUAGUGAAAAAUCAAGCAAAAAGAGGAAGAAACAGAAGAAAUUGCCCACUCCAACGCAAGUCACCACCACACAAUUUACUCUCCUUGAUAAAGAAGAUGUUCAAUCGAAUCCCAAGUUUAACGAAAUUGUGGACAACUGUCUCCUGGAACCGACACCAUUCAUUUUGGGCGUAAUGAAAUGCCUCCUUCGUCUUCAAACUCCGAGACUUUCAACUUUGACCGAGAACAAAGUGAUCCAACUAAUGAAAAUCCACUUAGGACAAUCUCUAAGCAAUACGAACGUUCCUGUUGAUUAUGAGAUCCAGGAUCUCACCUCGUUAUUACCAAGUGAUAAUAGCUUAGGCGAUGCUUGUUCCACGGGCUCGUCGGAUUCUAAGAGUGGGAACAGGGUUUGGAAAAAGGCGGGCAGUAAAGUGAAUUGGGCCUCAAUUCCCUUGGGUUUGAUACCAGGACAAAAAUUGUCCGUUUUGACGCAAGAAAUCAUCUCAGAUCGUCCAUCCAAAAAUGAACCUGACACUAGUUCAAUCAACUUAGGAGCCGAUGACGACCAUGUCUCUGAGGUUCGAACAUUGGAUUGGAACCAAAUACUUCAACGUUCUCAGACGGUUUCCACUUCCUCCAACAACUUGAGCACCGAUUCGCAGGACCAGAUCGAGGAAUCAGAUGAGAAUGUCCCAGCCUUUAACAGAAAUCCCAAACGGAAGGUUCCAUUGAAAUAGUUGUGAUGAUCCAGAAUUCAUAUUUGCAUUCUUUGGUUAAUGAACACUGAGUCAAACUCAUAA